AUGGAAUUCAGGUCAAAAUGGAAGGCUGCAGCCAUACUGACAUGGCUUUUAGCCACUGAAACCGCCUAUUCUCUCCCCAAGCAAGUGGAGAGUGCAGAGAGUAUCUUGCAAAAGACUGCUGCAGAACCGACGACAUCUUUUAAGACCCAGUAUCCGCCAGAUAACGCGGAAGAUCGGCUGCUGAUCCCUCAAACGAAGCCUGCCUAUCGGACAGCGUUGGACCACGAGGGCCGUCCCUCGCAACUUCCGUUUCCGACUGUCAAUGUGCCUCACUUCCUGGACGGGUUGACUGGAUUGAUCUCUCCGCCUGAGUCGGCAACUGCGUCUGUUGCGCAGGACAAACCGCUUCCCUCAACUACCGCGGAAGAUACGAAACCUGAAGUCCCUUCACCAACAAGCACUACGGACGAGAAGCCUGCCACUCCCAUCAAAGGCUACGCCAAUACUGGUCACCCAGAUCAUCCUUCCACCAUGGCCCACCAGGACAUCUUCCACCCGGUGGCACGAAGUCCAAUCCCUCCACAUAUCCAAAUCAGACAUGACCACCCUGUGGAGAACAAGCAUGCGAAUACCACAGGCCCAAUUGAAACCAACAAGUUCUACGCCGGUCUGUUCUUAGGAUCCCAGACCAAUGCCAGUUUCACCCAGCCUUAUUCUCUGGCUUGGUCUAAGGGUGGCGGAUCGCUUAAGAGCUGGGGUAUGGCAGUUUCCCACGUGGAGAGCCACCUGCUUGCGUAUGGUCCAAAGAACCACAAGAUUCCCGGUGACCCGGUCGAAUAUUAUAUCAAUCCCGUUAGCCUUCAGCACGUCAUUCUAUCCGCAACCGAGCUGGAUAAGUCCAGUAUCCUGAACACCGAGAACGCCAAAGCUUUCUCGGCUCAAGCUGUGCUGAGGCGAUCCGGGGGCUCUUCCAAGAAAAUCACGUUUCCAGUCGUCCAGGGCAUGGGCUAUGUGACUGCUGUGUACGAUGACCUGCAGCCGCUGAUUGAGAGCGGUGUUUUCUUCCGCAAGGUUGUCAGUGCUGGUUCCCCUCGGAAGGGUGUCUUUAAGUACCAAGUAUUCCUCGAAGACAACACCACCUGGCUUCUCUAUGCUACGCCUGCCAACGGCCAGGAUCCAGAUCUGAAACUGGUAUCAAAGGCAAACCUCCGCGGUCCGCGUGGAUUUUCUGGCACGAUCCAGGUCGCCAAGAACCCUGCCGGCCACUCUGGGGAGAAGUUCUAUGAUAACUCAUCCGGUGUCUAUCCGGUGGAAGGACAUAUAUCUGGCUCCGUCUCCGGUGAUACCGGCACAUACAGUCUUUCAUGGACCAAGGCCGGAAAGGACGCCCACGGCACCCCUCUGAUCAUGUUUGCCCUUCCCCAUCAUUUCCAGUCUUUCGACCACAGCACCAGGGGACGCGCAACCGACAUUCACCUCCGGAGUACGACUAAAGGCAAUACUACAGCUGUGAUCGGAGAGCACUGGAUCAUGAGCGAGCCCCACCUCCCCAUUGACAUGGGAUUCGCCCCGUGGUCGCCUACCCAUGGCAACAUCCAGGAUCUUUCCGCGGCUGCUCAGAAAGUCAUCCUCCAGGUGGCUCCCCACGAAUUAAAGCAGGACAUGGAAGGCCAAACGAAUCUCAACAGCAUGUACUACAGUGGCAAGGCACUGAGCAAAUUUGCGACUUUGGUCUACACAGUCAACCAGCUUGGAAACAAUGUGGAGCUCGCGACUGAGGCCUUCCAGGAAUUGAAAAAAUGCUUUGCUCGCUUUGUGAACAACCAGCAACAGUACCCACUUGCGUACGAUGCCGUCUGGAAGGGUGUUGUGUCGACCGCUGGUUACAAGGGCGACCUGAAUGCUGAUUUCGGGAACACUGCCUACAACGACCACCACUUCCAUUACGGCUACUUCAUCCAAGCUGCCGCCAUUAUCGGGGCUCUCGACCCGAGCUGGCUGACAGCCAACAAGGAGUGGGUCAACAUGCUGGUGCGCGACGCUGGAAACUCAGUGGAGGAUGAUCCUCACUUCCCUUUCUCUCGCUCGUUCGACUGGUACAAUGGUCACUCCUGGGCAAAGGGCCUUUUGGAGUCCUUCGAUGGAAAGGACGAGGAAUCCACUUCGGAGGACACCAUGUUCGCCUACGCCGUGAAGAUGUGGGGACGUACGACCGGGGAUUCCAGCAUGGAAGCCCGUGGCAACAUGAUGCUGGGAAUUAUGAAGCGAUCUCUCCAAAGCUACUUUCUCAUGGAAAGCGACAACAUCCACCAGCCGUCGAAUUUCACCGCCAACAAGGUGACUGGUAUUCUGUUCGAGAACAAGGUGGACCACACCACCUACUUUGGUAAUAACCUUGAAUACAUUCAAGGAAUCCAUAUGUUGCCUCUCCUGCCAAACUCGGCCUACACUCGCAACCAAGAGUUUGUCAAGCAGGAGUGGAAUGCGUUGUUUGGACCCCACGCCUCCACCCCUGCUUCCAAGGUGGUUGGUGGUUGGAAGGGGGUUCUGUACGCCAAUCUUGCGCUCAUCAACCCGAAGGCAUCAUGGGAGUUCUUUGCAUCCCCUCACUUUGACUAUAGCUGGAUCGACGGCGGUGCUUCACGCACGUGGUAUCUGGCAUUUGCUGCCGGUUUGGGUGGAGCUCCUUAG